AUGGAGAACAAAUUCAUCUUUGUCGUUUUUAUACUGUGUGGGGUUGUCUGGCAGGCCCACGCUGCUGUUAACUGCACUGCAGCUGGUCGAUUUGCAGACCCUAGCGACACAACUUGCAAAAAUUAUACGCUCUGCGUACUUUCAAAUGGCGCAUUUCUAGCAUACAACUACGUGUGCCCAACCACAUCAUUGUUUAAUCCAACGUCCAGACAAUGCACAGCGGCUACUAAUUAUGUCUGCCCUGUCGCUAAUACUACGAACACUACUACAAAUGUGUGCACCGCUGAGGGUUACUUUGCUGACCCUGCUGUUACCGACUGCUCUUCGUAUAUACAGUGUGUGUUAAUUAAUGGAGUCUAUACUCAAACGACGUUUACAUGCCCAGCCAACACCUUCUACGACCCGAACACGACUUUAUGCGACGCUUCUUAUAACUGCACCAGUACAACCGCAUUUACUUGUACCGCCAGCGGUAGAUUUGCCAAUACUGCAGAUACCACUUGUCAGACUUACUUCUACUGUGUGUUGUUAGCCACCGGUACUUAUACACAGUACAACUAUACUUGUCCUACUACUUCAGUGUUCAGUCCAACAUCCUCAUUAUGUACCACAUCUUAUACCUGUACUGGUUAA